AUGUCAGUUCGGUGUGGUUCGUCAGUUGUCCGUAAAAGCUGGUCAUUUGCCAUAACAAGAUGGUAUACGGUAGGAGUAAAUUCAGCGGAGCAACCGUCAACUUCAAAGAGGAAUGCUUCAUUUAGCUUGAGAAAAAUUGAUUUGGUGCCGGAACGUUUACAUCGUCAUUUAUUUGGUAAUUACCCGGUUCCGGAGAAUACCUUAAAGCAUGACCCAUUUGAAGCACUCGAUUUGCCACAGCUGAAUGGUUCAGAUCUGUUGGAUCAUUUUGAAAAUACUGCCAUCAAGCAGUUUGAACCAUAUCGUCGCCUCCUGGUUGAAGCAACAACUAUUCGAAAGUUACCUGUCAUCCCGGAGAAAUGGAUCUUUCAUCCUGGUUGGACAAGAUAUGGGAUGAACGAAUCACCAAAACAAGUUGAUCACCCACUUGAAGACUUGAUAUUUUUUGAUGUUGAGGUAUGUGUUCGGGAUGGAUUAUUACCAACUCUUGCUACUGCUGUAACACCAAAAGCAUGGUAUUCCUGGUGCAGUGAUCGAUUGGUGAAUGGUGGAGACAUUCCUGAACUAUAUCGUUUGAAUCAUCUGAUUGCAUUUGAAACAGAUGAAAAAGACUUGAAAUAUCGUUUGAUUAUGGGGCAUAACGUAGCUUUUGAUCGAUCCAGAGUCAGGGAGCAAUAUUAUAGAAAGGGAACGAAUACACGAUUUUGGGAUACGAUGUCAAUGGCAAUACCCAUAUAUGGGAUGGCAGACCAUCAGGUAGCUCUGUACGAGAAGAAAGAUACCGAAGUGGAUGAUUCCGGACCAGUCGGUUGGAUUGAUUAUUGGCGAUCGCUUGUAUGCAAAAACUCAUUAAGUGCAUUGCACGAAAAACUAUGUGGUACCACUUCGUUGAAACCAUUGAACAAAUCACUCCAAACAUUUUUCGUGAAGGAACCCAUCGACGAAAUACGACGAUCAUUUCAGGAUCUUACUACAUAUUGUGCUUACGAUGUUGUAGCUUGUUUCGAACUAUACCAGGUUUUAUAUCCCGAAUUCAGAAAAAGAUUUCCUCAUCCGGUAACAUGGCAAGGGAUGCUUGAAAUCGGCAAUGUUUAUCUACCUGUUACGAAGAAUUGGCGGAAAUUUUUCGACCUUAAUGAAACUCGCGCGAAUCAUGAAAAUAAGAUCGCUGCAAUUGGAGUAGUAUAUGCAGCAAAAGAACUAGUAGAAAAAUUGGAAAAGCCGAUUCAAUCAUACAAACAUGACCCAUGGAUGUGGUCAGUGGAUUGGAGCAUUCGCAAAGGAGAGAAGUUUCCCAUAUGGUAUGAAUCGUUGCUGCGUACUAAGAAUCUUGUCCAUACGCCAGUAGAAGAGUUAUCCCAGGCAGAUGUGAAAUUGAAAAGCCGUGUUGUACCACGAUUAUUUGGACUUUGUUGGGGACCAUAUCCAUUGCACUACAAGACUGAUAAGGGUUGGGGAUUUUUGGUCCCAAAAGAUUCUCGUAUUGCGUUAUCAGAUGUGCCAGAAAUGGAAGAAGUUAUAUUAAGGCGACGUGUAAAAGUCACAAUUCCUGUGAAGGCAAUUCUUAGCGUAAUACAACAAAAUAUAGCUGAGGGUAUAGGAGAUGUUGUGCUAACACAUUCGCAUUCAUCAAUAAGCAUCUUUGGUUUUCAUAAAUUACCACAUCCUAAUGGUGAACAUGAUAAUGUUGGUGAUCCAAUUUCAAAAGCAUUUCGUCUGGAAAUUGAAGAAGGUGUUUUACGGCCGAUGCGUUACAAAAAAGAGUUUUUAGAUUUAUAUCGAGCAAGAAACACUACACGAUUUUGGAACAACUAUAGGGAUCGAUUUCAAGAGCAGGUAACAGUUUGGUUUGAUGAAAAUGGUGAUGAGGGAGCUAUUGCGCCAUCGAUCAUUCCAGCUGGUACAGUAACAAGACGAGCUGUUCAUAAACUUUGGUUGACGGCUAUUAAUGCAAAGGAUGAUCAAAUGAUAGGUACCAAUUUGAAGUCAAUGGUAGAAUGUCCUCAAGAUUGGCAUAUAGUUGGUGCAGAUGUUGACUCACAAGAGCAGUGGAUAGCAGCAAUGUUAGGUGAUUGUUGUGUUGGCAGAGGUAUAGCUGGUGCAACUCCUUUCAGCAAUAUGCUUUUGGCAGGUCGUAAGGCUGAUAAUAGUGAUUUGCAUAGUGUUGUUGCAAAGGAAGUUGGCAUUAGCAGAGAUAAAGCAAAGGUGCUGAAUUAUGCACGGCUUUAUGGUUCGGGUGUAGCACAUGCGGCUGAAUUUCUCAUGCAGUCAGGGAUGAAUAGCGAGAGAGCAUUAAGUGUAAGCAAUAAAUUGUUCGCUACUACUAAAGGCAAACGAUUCAAUUUUUUGAAAUUGAAUGAAAAUUACAACGAUUAUUUUCGUUGGUACAUCGAUAACCUGUGCACUUCAAAAAUGAAGACAUACUAUUUGUAUGCAAAUGGUAGUUAUUUCUUACCUGAAUAUCGCAUCCGGCAAGGGAAACUGACGCUAAACUUUGAAGACUGGCUUUAUGAAGGUGUAUGGAAUAAACUACGCGAAAAAGGACAAGAUGAAGUCGAUUUCAGCAAAGACUGGUUAAUUAAGCAAAUUUAUGACGAGUGCACUGAAUAUCAGCUCUAUACUGGGGGAUUUGAAUCUGAUACGUUCAAUUAUUUGGAGCUAACAUUGAAUAAUCCUAAACCAUGUACUCCAGUAUUAAAUUGCCAGCUUGGUUAUUGCUUGACUCCGUUACCGAAGGAUGUCAGAGAUCAUGAAUAUUUCUUGAAGAAAUAUCGACGUUCAAUCAUAAAUUGGGUAGUUCAGUCAAGUGCUGUUGAUUUUCUGCACCUGCUUAUUGUAUGUAUGAAAUGGCUUUGUGAAAUUUAUCAAAUAGAGGCUCGGUUUGCCCUUUCAAUUCAUGAUGAAAUUAGAUAUAUUGUACCAGCAGAAGAUCGUUAUCGAUGUGCGUUGGCGUUAUCAUUAAGUAAUAUGUACGUGCGUGCUAUGAUUUCUCAAAAAUUAGGCAUCAGGGAGCUUCCAAUGUCAGUUGCAUUCUUCAGCCAAGUUGAUAUCGAUCGUGUACUUCGAAAAGAGGUUAAUUUAGUGUGUACAACGCCAAGCGGUGAAUGCAUUCAACCAGGUGAAGCAUUGGAUAUGAGCGCUAUUUUAAAGAAAACUGGUGGUACAUUGAAGAAAGUUGCAGUGGCAGAGGUAUAAGAGAAAACAUUCCAGAAAACACUGAUACAUUUGACUCUGGAGCAACACAUUGUUAUUGUCAAUUAAUGCAGGUGAUGAUAUCAUGUUAAACCUUAUCGUUGUUGAAUUUAACUUGUAUAUAUAUAAAUGUUGAUUAUCAUAAUAACAAGGUCAAGAGCGUUGUUUGUUUAUUACAAACGAUAUGAGAUUGUCAAAAAUAUCUGCUAUAAUGUAUCCAUUGGUUCUAACACUAACUGAAACUAGUAAUAGACGACAAGUGAUAUUAAAUAUUAAUGUUAAUACCCGUAUGAAGGAUACAGUAAUCGCAAAAGGAAAACAAAGAUGAC